GACGUACACUUGCCCUUGUAAUAUGCGUUAGCAUCUAAUAGUCUGUGAUGUGUGGGAAUCUGGGAAUGAGGCACAAAUUUAUGAAAAUAUUUUACUAGAAGCAAUAUUUUCUGUUUUUCGCGUACAGUUUAAAUCACUCGAUGUUUCAAAGCACUGCUACGUUUAAUAUUUUAUAGUAUUUUUUUUUAUAUAACAACAAGUGAUGGGACGAACAAGUGAAUGAUUAUUUUUAUUAUUCCUAAACGAGAACUUAGCUAUCGUCAGCUAUCGUGGACAGCAGUGGACAGAUUGAAUUUAUUGUGUUAUUUUUAAUGUAGUUUUUCUUUGCCCUAUUUUACCAAAAUGCUUGAGAGGUGAUGAAACAAUUGCUUUAAAAAGAUAACGAAAUGAAGCUCCUCUAUAAAAGCAUUGAGAAAGAUGGGUGUGGGAGCAUUGCUUUAAUGCCCGAGGAGCCAGAGGAUAUGUGGCAUGCUUACAACUUGAUUGCUGAAGGUGAUGCUGUGACAGCGUCAACAGUUCGCAAAGUACAAACUGAAUCAUCUACCGGGUCUUCGACAAGCAACAAAGUGCGGACCACACUUACAAUCAGUGUGGAAAACAUCGAUUUUGACACGCAAGCAUGUAUGUUGCGACUAAAAGGUCGAAAUAUUGUUGAGAACCAAUAUGUGAAGAUGGGUGCAUAUCACACACUAGAUUUAGAAUUGAACAGAAAGUUUACUCUACAAAAAGCAUUAUGGGACUCUGUAGCUUUAGAGCGUGUAGAGAUGGCUUGCGACCCUGUGGCAAAUGCUGACGUCGCCGCAGUCGUUAUGCAAGAAGGGCUUGCGCAUGUCUGCCUUAUCACUCCUUCUAUGACUCUAGUCAGAUCAAAAAUUGAUAUUACAAUUCCAAGAAAACGGAAGGGAUUUGCUCAGCAACAUGAAAAGGGCCUCAACAAAUUCUAUGAUGCAGUGAUGCAGGGUAUCCUCAGACACAUAGAUUUUAAAAUAGUGAAGUGUGUGAUAAUUGCAUCACCUGGCUUUGUCAAGGACCAAUUCUUUGAAUACAUGAUGCAACAGGCCAUCAAGACCGACAAUAAGCUACUCAUUGAGAAUAAGGCUAAGUUCUUGCUGGUGAAAGCUUCAUCGGGUUUCAAAUACUCUUUGAAAGAGGUUCUUCAAGAGCCAGCAGUAAUUGCGAAAAUAUCAGAUACAAAAGCGGCUAGUGAGGUGAAGCUAUUGGAGAGUUUCUAUACCAUGUUGCAGCUUGAGCCUGCUAAAGCAUUUUAUGGGAAGAAACAUGUACAACAAGCCAACGAGGCUCAAGCUAUUGAGACACUUAUGAUCUCUGACAAAUUGUUUAGGUGUCAAGACAUACAACAGCGUAAGGAAUAUGUAGCACUUGUCGAUUCUGUACGUGAAAAUGGUGGUGAUGUUAGGGUAUUCUCGAGUAUGCAUGUUUCUGGCGAACAAUUGGAUCAACUGACAGGUAUAGCAGCUAUACUUCGCUUUCCAAUGCCAGAACUGGAAGAUAGUGAUGCAGAACAAGGCAGCGAAUCUGAUUCAGAUUAACAGACAAUGUGCUUAUGAAUCCCGAAACCAAUACUCCAUUUAUCAUGAACAUUAAGCAUUAGGGAAUUUUAUGCCUCACGUAACUGUGUGUACAAAUUGGCAGGAAGAAUAAUAAAUUAUUUGAGGUGUACAUUUCAUUAAACAGUUACAGUAUGCUAAAUAAGUGAGAUAUGUAUAUUGUAUAAUGCAAAAUGUGAAACUUUUACUUUUAAUUUUACUGAUGAAUCUCUGGGACAAAAAUUCCAUUACCAUAUUUGCU